GGCCCCGCCUUUUUCCUCCGCACACCGCUCUCGUCGAGUUUCUGUUUUGCUGUGAUUUCACUCCUGCUUCUCUCAGCUAUGUGAUUUGGACACUCCUCGCCCUGCACCAGCACCACUCGUCCUCUUCAUCGCCACCACCAGCGACAGCACCCGGCUCAGUUUGGCCGCUGUCAGUCGUCGGUGUUCGGGGGUGGAGGAUGUCCGCUGGCUCCACCGGGCCACUGUUGGUUAGGAACGGUCUAUAGCGCAGCCUCCUCUGGAAAAAACGGAGGUUUUUUGGUGUUGUUGUUUUAAAGUCGUGCUCGGGCUGUUUUUGUCGUUGACAGGCAAACGCUAAAGCCGGGGCCUCUCUUUUAAACACGGGGUUGCACUGCUGUGAAAGUGUGCCUCGUUAGGUUAAAUGGAUAUGUGUGCCGUGCCAGGCUAAGGCGGGGACGGAUCGGAGAUGCCCUGUGGCUAGCAACGCUAACUUUCAGUGGACCGCAGCUAGGUCGCAGAAGCACUGAUUUCUUAGCGUUUUGGCCGACACAACAUAGCCUUACAGGCGUGCUUUGUUUUUAAGACACUCACAAGUUUGUAGUUAGUAACGAAAAAAAAAACUGCGACUAUCAAAAGGACGUAAAAAUGAUUAAAUAGCGGUAACUCGAAGCGGUUUUCUUCCACUCAAAGCUUGACGUGAAACUAGCCUAGCCGUGCUUGUCAACAGGACAACAACAAAUGCCUUCUUCUCAUUCACGGGCACAACAGACUGUGGGGACCGUUCAGCACUGACACACUCCUACUUCAUGUAUGUUUAAGGACUACCUGUUAACUUGACUCCUUUUCUUUCUUUCUUUUUAAUUAACAAAUGCUAGCAGGUGGUUUUGGGCGAGCAUGGGAACUAACUAACUAGUUAGCGCGCAAGGAAAGGUGUGUGCAUUAAGACAUUUCGGGUUCACUCAAGGUGUUUGGCACCUGCUCAACCACUUAAGUCGCAUCGAGGACAAGGCAGCAGCAGCCCAGUCUGUUUAUCAUGGAGGGAAAUGCACAACAGCAGAAACCGACUCCUCUAACUCGGGAACUGACGAGAGUAUUUACCAGCUACAACAAGCACUCCGUACAGCUGAAGAAAAACCUAAAGGAGACUAAUGCUUUCUUCCGGGAAAUACGGCAAAACUACAGCAAUGCUUGUGCAUCGACCAUGAGCUCGGCUUCAGCUUCUCUGGAGGCAGGUCAGCUGAGCUGCAUCUCGUUCCCUGCUCACGAAGAAGAGUUCCUACGCAACAAUGUGGGUGCUGCCCCCUACAUCCUUGUGCUGGGCCAGAACUGCACUGCUCGCUACCAGCUGGUCAACAGCCUUCUAGGGGAGAAGCUGCUGCCACUGGGCAGUGAGGCUGGAGAGCCUUGUGAAGGAGUCCAGGGCACUGUCUGCAAGAGGAGGAAACUUUGUUUCACCCAUGGGAGACAGACACGGCUCAGCUUGGCACUGCCUGGCCAGUAUGAGCUGGUGCACCAGUUGGCGGCUAAUUGUGGUCGCUGGGAUACGGUUCCCAGGGAGGACCUGGAGAUCCAUGAGGAAUGUGAAGACCCAGCCCACAGGCUAGCAGAGCUGGAAAUCACUCUCCAUCUCUCGCUGCUUCAGGAAGCAAAGGUCAUGGUGGUGCCUUGCCCAAGUGUCCAGCCCAUAGAAGAAGCUCUGGAAGACUGCACUCGCAAUGUGAUCCCAGUCAUACUCUAUGCUAUCAACCAGGACUCCCUCAGCUCAGAACAGGUGGCACAGCUCUGGAAGGUCAAAGAGAUGCUCUCCUUUCCCAUCUGUUUUGUCCGUUUGCCUGACAGCGUUCCAGCAGCGUCCCCAGAAUGUGGCCGCCACACAGAGAAGGAGAAGAGCCCCCUUCACAAGCAGCUACUGUCACUUGGCUUUCUCAAUAGCCCGACAGGAAACUGUUCCUGUGGCACCCCAACGCAGAUGCCCACACCGGGCUCCAAGCCCCAGAGCAUGUUGGGUGAAUCUUUCGAAAGACUGCAUCGGUUACUGGUGCCGUUUGCUCGCCAGGUGCUUCAAAAUCAGCAGGUGGAAGCUGCCAGCCUGCUAAAUGGACUUCACUGUCGGUGUCUAGAUCUUUUUAUCAACCAGGCCUUUGACAUGCAGAGGGACCUGCAGAUAACACCACGCAGGCUGGAGUACACCCGCGAGAAAGAGGGUGAACUCUUCAACUCCCUUAUGGCCAUUGCUAACCGCAAACAGGAAGAGAUGAAGGAGAUGAUAGUAGAGACACUCACCAGCAUGAAAGAGCAGUUACUGGAGGAUGCUGCCAACCUGGAGUUUACAGAUGUCAUCGUGACAACAAAUGGAGAGCCUGUUACGUCAAAAGAGAUAAAAUCCUGCAUCAACCAGAUCCAGGAGCUGAUAGUGGCCAGUUUGAAUCAGGCUGUGGCGAAUAAGCUCAUCAGCUCCGUGGAUUAUCUGAGGGAGAGCUUUGUAGGAACUCUGGAGCGAUGCCUCAACAGUCUGGAGAAGUCCAACUUUGAUUCUUCUGUUCACAAUAUCACUUCUAAUCAUCUCAAACAGCUGUUAAAUGCUGCCUAUCACGUAGAGGUCACCUUUCAUUCUGGAUCUUCUGUCACGAGACUCGUUUGGGAGCAAAUCAAACAGAUAAUCCACCGGAUAACGUUUGUAAACCCUCCUGCCAUCACUCCAGAGUGGAAGCGCAAAGUGGCCCAGGAUGCCAUCGAAAGUCUCAGCGCUGCCAAACUGGCCCGAAGUAUCUGCUCGCAGUUCAGGACCCGGCUCAACAGCUCCCACGAGGCUUUUGCGGCGUCUCUGCGUCAGCUGGAGGAAGGGCACACGGGCCGUCUGGAGCGCACCGAGGACCUGUGGCUGCGUGUGAGGAAGGACCACGCCCCUCGACUGGCCCGCCUGUCUUUGGAGAGCCGCUCUCUGAGGGAUGUGCUGCUGCACGGCAAGCCCAAGCUCGGGCGGGAGUUGGGUCGGGGUCAGUACGGCGUUGUGUAUUUGUGUGACAGUUGGGGAGGACACUACCCAUGUGCACUAAAGUCCGUGGUCCCGCCUGACGAUAAACACUGGAACGACCUGGCUUUAGAGUUUCACUACACACGGUCACUGCCCAAACAUGAGCGGCUCGUCGACCUGCACGGCUCUGUGAUUGAUUACACCUAUGGAGACGGCUCCAGCAUAUCUGUGCUGCUUAUCAUGGAGCGGCUGCAUCGAGACCUCUACACAGGCUUGAAGGCUGGUUUAUCACUGAAGGAGAGACUGCAGAUUGCUCUGGAUGUGGUGGAGGGGAUCCGUUUCCUCCAUGGUCAGGGUCUCCUGCACAGAGACAUAAAGCUAAAAAAUGUUCUGUUGGACAAACAAAAUCGGGCAAAGAUCACCGACCUGGGCUUCUGUAAACCAGAGGCCAUGAUGUCUGGCAGCAUAGUAGGAACUCCCAUCCACAUGGCUCCAGAGCUGUUUACAGGAAAAUAUGACAACUCUGUCGACGUCUACGCCUUUGGGAUCCUGUUCUGGUACCUGUGCACCGGUUCAGUGAAACUUCCAGAGGCUUUUGAGAAAUGUUCCAGCAAGGAUCAGCUCUGGACCAACGUUAAAAAAGGUUCCAGACCAGAGCGCGUGCCUACUUUUGACGAAGAGUGCUGGCAGCUGAUGGAGGCCUGCUGGAACGGGGACCCCUCCCAGAGACCCCUGCUUGGUAUCGUUGAGCCGAGCCUGCAAAGUAUUAUGAAGCGGCUCUGCAACUGCAACUCGGAGCAGAAAAGCAGCAGCCUGGAGGACUCAAACUGAAUACACUCCAGACAAACUAACACGUGUGUGUGUGUGAUAGAGAUACUGUUUGGAAAAGUAUUUUUGUUGUAUUUAUGAAGAACGGAGCUGAACGGAGAAUUUCGGAAAACCAGGCGCCAUUUACAAAAACACAAAAAGAUGUCCAAGUUGACCUCCUUGUUCACACUUGUUGCAUUUACAUUAUUUAUGAGAUGUUGACCAGAAGUUUGCAAAUACAUGUUUUAUUGAUUGUGUGUAAUUGAUUUGUAUACAAACUCUACUAUUUGCUUUCUUGUAGCUGCACUGCUAAUUGCUACUUUGUCAUAGAAAUGUUACUAGGUUCAAAGUGUUUUAAAAAGUAGUCCAUUCCCAGUAUUAUGAAAAAAAAUAUAAAAUUAAUUUUAGAUUGUAUUUAAACUGAACAUGUCUGUCUAUACAAGCACAUCUUUUUUUUAAA